AGAGAAACAGGUGAAGGACCAAAUGCAUCCUUGACAGCAAAGCUAGCCCACUUUCACGAAUUGAAACAGAAAGGAACGCAUUUCAAUCAAUCAUUAAAUAACAAUCGAUCGUUUCGCAAUCCGCACAUCUAUGCAAAGUUGGUGGAUUGGAUCGGUGUAGAUGAGAAUACGAGU